AUGUUUCCCACACGGGCGCUCUGCGCUCGAUCGGUCUGGAAAGGACCCAAUAUCGUCCCCCUACCAAUAGUACAGAAAAAGGCUGGCGAAAGGACGCCGCCGAUCAAGACACAAGCGCGCUCGGCUACGAUACUACCGAAUUUCGUCGGCCUCAAGUUCCAGAUACACAACGGCAAGAGCUACCUAGACCUCACCAUAACUGAGGACAUGGUAGGACGUAAGCUGGGAGAAUUUGCGCCAACACGGAAGCAGUUCACAUACAAGCAGACGAAGAACAAAUGAGCAACGGGAAACAAGUGCAUCAAAUGGGAGUUUGGGUAUCAUUUUGGUUUAUCUAGAAGCCAUUCUGUACUGCUAUUGUACAAAUAUGAUGGAGCCCUCUGCUUGUGGGCCAGAUGCCUCAAUCUUCCCAAUGGCCAAGUACCCUGCGCCUGUGAUGCCGGUUCCAAACGCCUAAAAUGCAUGUCGAUAUCCCAAAUUGCCAC